AUUUUGAAAACAUCGUCUCUAAGCAACUCGCAGUUCCGCACAGGAUCACCGCAAGGUUGCGGCAGUUUAGCAGCGGGUCUUUCAUUGUAAUUGUUCGCACAAACGGGACGCCACGAAGAAAAUCACCGGAUAGUUUCUCGGUUCUCAUGGUAACGACCUUGGGGGAAAUAUAGCUAAUCAAAUAGUCUUGUAACUAAAAUCACCUGCAAGCGUUCCUUGAAAACGGGCCGUUGAACCUAAAGCUCAUAGAGGCAUGUCGCACAGAAGAAGCCGGAGUAGUACACCACCCUUGUACAACACCAACAGCAAUGACCCUCGUGACCUGGAGCGAAGGAUUUUUGUUGGAAAUUUGCCCACGGCACACAUGGCGAAGAAGGACAUGGAGGAUCUGUUCAGGCCAUAUGGGAAAAUACAGGCUUUGUCCCUGUUUCGUGGGUAUGGAUUUGUGCAGUUUGAGCGAGUGGAGGAUGCUGAGGCCGCUAAAGCCGGACAUAACGGUCGAAUUUAUAAAGGUUAUAAACUAGAUGUAAAUAUGGCAGCGGAGAGACGACAGAAUAAAUCCAGGUCAAGCCCUCCCCGCAGGCCAGCCAGCUCUUACGUGGACAGUCGAGAGCCCCGUCCCCGUUCUCGGUCCCCGGUGCAUGGGCGAGAUUCUCGAGACCACCGUGACAGUCGAGAGAUGAGGGGCGAUAGCCGUGAGCUGCGUCCCGGUCCACCUCGAGAGCAUGAUGCUAGAGGGCCGCCCGAUGAGCGACACGUGGGCUCAGAGAGCAGGGAGAAAGAUCCUUCCUACAGAGAGGAAGGGUAUGAUCGUUAUUACCGCGGAGAGUACGACUAUUAUCGGAAGAAAGAGGAGCCGUACCCAGAGCGCUUCAGAGAACCCUGGAACGGCAGGAGAGAGUCUGAGGAGGAGCGGGUGCGUCCUGAAGAGCGCCGGAGGAACGAACUUUACCGGCAAUAUUAUGAAGAGCUGCAGAAGCGCUAUGAUGCUGAGAGACCAGUGGACUGUUCCGUCAUAGUCGUCAACAAGCUGCAAAAGGAAUAUGCCGAGACGGUGGGCAGGAAGGUUCGGGAUCUGGGUAUGGUGGUGGAUCUCAUCUUCCUGAAUACAGAAGUGUCAUUGACUCAAGCUCUGGAGGAUGUGAGUCGGGCUCGUACGCCUUUUGCCAUCAUCAUCACCCAGCAGCACCAAGUACACCGUUCCUGUACAGUCAACAUCCUCUUUGGGACCCCACAAGAGCACAGGAACAUGCCCAUGCAGGAUGCCAUGGUGCUGGUGGCCCACAACUUUGACUCCUUUAAAGUUGAACACCGUGCUAAAGAAAGGGACGAGUUAGCGAGGAAGGCGGCCAAGAUGGCUGAUGAGGUGUUGAUGAGGGAACCUGACAGAGAGGGUCAUCCCACCUCCGUUCUGACCCACAUCACGCUGCUGUCCGAGGGCAGGUUUAUGACUCCAGAUGAGUUGGCCAGGCUAAUGGACUAUCUGAGAGACAAACGUGAUCGUCUUGUCAGAGGCAGUACUGACACAGUCACACACCCUCCAUCAGCGACCCACGAACCCUCUCAGCCCACACAGGCUCUAUCUGCUCCAGCUCAGCCCGCGUACACCAGCCUGUCCCUUCAUUCCACCCACCUGACCCCUGCGUCCGCCCCUGCCGCCACCAACCAACAGCAGGAACUCCAGGCUAAGAUCCUAAGCAUCUUCAACAGCGGCACAUCUUCAGUGUCCAGUCCUGCUCCAGCAGCCCAAAUACAGGGUUACGGCUCCAGCCUCGGCCCUCAGACCACCGGGCUCCAGUCUUCUCACGCCGCCCCUUCCCCCGCUGGCGGCAUGCCCAAAAUCGCUGCUGUCCAGCCGCAGAGCAGCAUGAUGAACCCUCGGCCUGGCCUGAGGCCUCCUGGAGCUCGUAUGGCCGGGCCAACAGGCCCCCCGAGACCAGCGGUCACCACAGGCACCGGGAUCAACUUUGACAACCCGAGUGUGCAGAAAGCCUUGGAUACGCUCAUCCAGAGCGGACCCAUUAACCACUUGGUGAAUAUGGGAUCUGUGGGUCAAGGGACCCGGUCAGCACAGGGAAUGGGCCAAAGCAUGGAUCCAGCGCCCAUGUCCCAUUAUUCCCGCCAUUAUUGAAAUGAAUAAAUCUGAUACGAAUUGAGAAGUCAGCAUUGCUCUGAAUUAUCAUAAAUUAUUUUUUGCUCCUGUGUAAUUUGUGAUAAAUUUGUGAGUUUUAUGUGAAGUCAUGGUUUUCUGGUUUUACGGUUUAUUAGAUUUUUUUACUCUAGUGUGUUAGAUGAAAACAGAGCAUGAUUGAUUGUGUAAUUCUGCAUCAUUAGAUAAGAGAAUUUCUGUUGUUUUAUAUGGAAUUGGUGCAUUGUAUAUACCAGCCAACUUCUGACUUAAUACAUUCAUUUUUAGAUACAGAAAUUUUUGUCUCUCUUGAAUUUGUUUCUCCAGAGUAGUUGUGUCCUACCUAUAAAGGCUGAAAUACAAGAUACACAAAUAUUUUUUACCCCGAUUUGCAGUCUGGACGCAAAGUUGUGGAAAGUCAACGCCAGUCUACAGAUUUUGGGCUGUUGACAAUUCACAGAAAUCCAUGUAGUGUAUGAUGGGCACAGACUGUUUUUUUUUUUUUUAAUCUUCAGACUGAAUUUUAGACAUGUUUGAUAUUUUGAACUGAUUUUAAGACAUUUAAUUUGUCAUGCGUCUACUGCAUACUUAAAAUAAAGUUGCUUUAUUGGCA